AUGGGUGCUAUAGUAUUCCUCAUCCAAUGCCUGUUGGUAUACGGCCUCAGCCUUGCCAUAUACAACCUCGUCAAAUGGCGCUUCAUCAGAACUUCCUUGGACAACCUACCCGGCCCAUCAUCACAGUCUGCGGUGAAAGGAAACAUGGGACAGUUCCGUGGUCCCGAAGGUAUAGAGUUUCAGCGAGACUUGAUAGACCAUUACGGCGGGCAUGUGGUGAAACUACACGGUCUCUUCAACAGGCCAAUGCUGUACGUCUUCGACCCGAAAGCGCUCCAGACGAUCCUCAUCAAAGACGAGAGCAUCUGGGAAGAACCGCCAGCCUACACUGCGACUAACCUAACUUUGUUUGGCCCCGGUUUGCUGUCGACACUUGGCGACCAGCACAAGAAGCAGCGCAGAAUGCUAAAUCCCGUCUUCUCAACCACCCACUUGCGCUCCAUGCUGCCGAUCUUCUACGACACCAUUCGGAAACUACGUGAUGCUAUCGAGGCGCGCGUCAGGGAUAAGCCACAGGAAUUGGACAUGGCAGGUUGGAUGGGGCGAACAGCUCUGGAGCUCAUCGGGCAAGGCGGUCUCGGGUAUUCAUUCGACAAGCUCGUAGACGACACGAAGGAUCCGCUCGCUAUUGCCUUGAAACUUCUGUUCCCGAUCGUGACGAAACUCACGGUGCUUCCCUUGCUGCUGCCCUACCUGCGCGAAAUUAUCCCCCCUAGUCUGCGGGGCACGCUCGCCCGCAUGGUACCGAUCUCCACCGCGCGUGAGAUGAAGUACAACGCGGACUACAUCGCACAGAGGUCGCAGGAUAUCUUCAACAUGAAGAAGCGUGCGUUGGAACAGGGCGACGCAGCCGUCGCAGAGCAAAUCGGACGGGGCAAGGACAUCAUGAGCAUCCUCAUGAAAGCCAACAUGAGCGCAUCCGAGAAGGAUAGUCUCCCAGAGUACGAGCUGAUUUCUCAGAUGUCCACCUUGGUCGCGGCGGCGAUGGACACUACGUCCAACAGCCUUUCGCGAGUCAUGCAAAUACUCUCUGAGAAUCCGGCCGUCCAGCAAAAACUACGCGCGGAGAUCAUCGAGGCCUCUCAAGGCGAAGACAUGCCUUACGAGCGUCUUAUGCAGCUGCCGUAUCUGGACGCUGUCUGUCGGGAAACUCUACUAUCUGCACGCAUUGAACCGUCUCGCAGAGCUGUACGCGACACUGUCAUACCCCUCUCCAGACCAAUCCACGGGACGGACGGCAAGCUGGUCACAGAGAUCGCUGUGCCGAAGGGCACGGAAGCCGUCAUCGGCACGCUGGGCUCCAACACAAGCCAGGCGUUCUGGGGCGAAGAUGCACUGGAGUGGAAGCCUGAGCGCUGGUUGUCGCCGCUCCCGGAGUCCGUGACCGAGGCGGGGAUACCGUCUGUGGUGGGGAACAUGAUGACUUUCCUCGCUGGAAAACGUGCUUGCAUCGGGUUCAAGUUCGCCGAGAUGGAAAUCAAGGUCGUGCUCGCUACGCUGCUGCAGAGCUUCGUCUUCACGCCCUCCGACAAGGACAUCCACUGGGUCCCAGCUCCGGUGAUUUACCCCGCUGUGGGCGAGGACCGCAUGAACCCGCGACUGCCGCUCCAGGUUGCCAUGUAUUCCAAGUAG